AUGUCAUCCAUGUCAUCGUCGGUGCCGGAGAUCCUUGGGCUCCCGCCGGGCGUCCAAUUCCGCCCCGACGACGACGAGCUCGUCGAGUUCUACCUCCUCCCACGCGCCCGCGGCGAGCCGGCCCCGUUCCCCAGCGUCACCAUCAUCGACGACGACGCGGCGGGCAUCACGCUGCCCUGGGACCUCCUCGAGCGCCACGGCCGCGGCGGUGACGAUGAGGCCUACUUCUUCGUGCGCGGCAGCGCUGACGGCGAGGCGAGGAAGCCCGGUGCGCGCCAGGAGCGCGGCUGCGGCGGCGGCGGGAAGUGGGUGUCGCAGAAGCGCCAUGUCCCCGACGACAAGCGCGUCACCGCCGGCGAGAAGGUACACUGGAGUAUGCAUAACCUCAACCUGCACAUGGGCCGCGGCGGCAGCGUGGGGUGGGUGAUGCACGAGUACGUCCUCACCGACUCGUCCUUCCCGUCCGUCAAGAUCUGCCACGUGUCCUUCACCGGGCACGGCAAGAACCGCAAGCGCAUGCCGGGCAGCGCCGUCGACGGCCAGAGCGAAUCCGCGCCGAUGAUGAAGCGUGCGCGCGUCGCCGCCACCGCCACCGCCGGUGGUUCGUCGAGUUCUGGUUCUGCUGGAUCGACGACGACGACGGCCGAUCAAGACUCCGGCGUCGGGUGCACUUCAGGACCCGCGCCGCAGGCUGCUUUUACCGGCGAAGGCAUCUCGGAGUGGGUUCCUGAACUUUGCCGCGAUGACUUGCAGGGAAUUCCUUUGGCAGCGUCGGCCGCCGAUGCAGCAACAGAGCAGCUAGUGCCCGAGCACGUCAUGAUGCCGAUGGUUCAGGAAAGCGCCGGCAUGGCAGAGUUAGAGCACCAGUAUCUGUGUGGAGGAGACGAGGGCCAACAGGAGUUCGUGGCACCGAUGGGGAUUACUCUCGAUGGAUUCGGUGGCGCGUCAGGCUUCGGCGACAUGGACGCCGGAGCGCAACCGGCCUUCGUUAAUUGGGGAGGCGUCCAGUUCUACUAG